GGCUCCAUCUCAACAUCAACCGGAGAAUUUGCCGUUCUUGUCCCGUUCCCUUUCCAGGCUUGCGCAGUCCAACACCUACCCAACAAGCAUGACACUGCAACUCGAGAACCCGUCGAUUGGCUGGACCCAGUCCUCCUGCCGGAGAACAGCGCGCUUAUUCUCCUGAAUGGCGAGAUCAAGUUUUUGCCGGUUGUCUUUCAUAUUGCGGGAGCCCAAGACGACGUUGCCAAUGUUGAUAAAACGAGCAUCAGGGAGAAGGAGAGAGGGCAGCCCCAGUGA